AUGUAUUGUAUCCUAAGGGCUUUCACCGACUGCCUCUCAGAUUCUCUUGCUUGUCUACUCAUCCUCUGUGCUCAUGCCUGCCCUUGUCAAUUACAGUGGUACGCUUCAAGCUUUUUUCUUUUGAUUUUACAUGUUUUUGAGGUUUGUGAUGAUGAACUGUACCCUGGGGGUUCUUUCUGCCCAACUCCAAUGGAAUUGGGUCGCUUGUACUCUACUAUUGGCUCCAAUUUGGAUUUGUACUACCCUCCUAACAAGCGAUCUCGCUCCAUCCUUGAAGCUAUUGAGGGUGAGCAACAUUAUCAAGAGCCUGGUAUUGAGGUUCUUCCGGAUGAAUGCCUCUUUGAGAUAUUCAGACGGCUCCCUAGUGGCAAAGAGAGAAGCUUAUGUGGUUGUGUAUCUAAACGGUGGCUUAUGCUUAUGAGCUCUAUUUGCAAAGAUGAGAUUGAGAGGAUUACUUCGUCUGUUGCUGAAAAGGUUUCUCCAGAUGAGAAUCAAGAUAUUGAAGAUGAUGGCUACCUUACAAGGUGCCUGGAUGGGAAGAAAGCGACUGAUGUCAGGCUUGCUGCAAUUGCAGUUGGGACUAGUUCCCGUGGGGGACUAGGGAAGCUAUCUAUCAGAGGAAACAAUUCUGUGCGUGGUGUCACAAACGUUGGCCUUUCUGCAGUAGCUCAUGGGUGCCCUUCUCUCAGAUCACUUUCUUUGUGGAAUGUAUCUUCCAUUGGGGAUGAGGGUCUGUCUCAGAUAGGAAAAGGAUGUCAUAUGUUGGAGAAGCUUGACUUGUCUCAUUGUUCCUCAAUCAGCAACAAGGGUUUGAUUGCAAUAGCUGAAGGCUGCCCCAACAUGACCACCUUAAAUUUGGAAUCAUGCCCAAAUAUUGGAAAUGAGGGCCUGCAAGCACUUGCAAGGUUAUGCCCCAAGCUGCAGUCAAUCUCUAUCAAGGAUUGCCCUCUUGUUGGGGAUCAUGGAGUCUCUAAUCUGUUGUCCUUGGCUUCCAAUUUGUCAAGGGUUAAGCUUCAGGCCUUGAACAUUACCGAUUUCUCUCUGGCUGUUAUCUGCCAUUAUGGAAGGGCAAUAACAAAUCUGGUCCUCUCUGGUCUCAAAAAUGUCACUGAAAGGGGGUUCUGGGUCAUGGGGGCUGCCCAAGGUCUGCAGAAACUGGUGUCACUUACUGUUACUUCAUGCAGGGGGGUAACUGACACAAGCAUAGAAGCCAUUGGUAAGGGUUGCAUCAACCUGAAGCAGAUGCACCUUCGCAGGUGUUGCUUUGUUACUGACAGUGGAUUGGUAGCAUUUUCCAAAACUGCCGUCUCUCUUGAGAGCUUGCAGUUGGAGGAGUGCAACAGGUUUACUCAGUCAGGGAUUAUUGUCGCUCUUUCAAACAUCAAAACGAAGUUGAGAUCUCUUACCCUCGUGAAGUGCUCUGGAGUUAAAGAUAUCGAUAUGGAAGUAUCUAUGCUCUCUCCUUGCGAGUCUCUUCGAUCUUUAGCCAUUCAGAAGUGCCCUGGUUUUGGUAGUUCUAGCCUGGCCAUGAUUGGAAAAUUGUGCCCCCAACUUCAGCAUCUUAAUCUUUCUGGACUCUAUGGCAUAACUGAUGCUGGUCUUCUCCCCCUUCUGGAGAAUUGUGAGGCUGGACUUGUCAAUGUAAACCUUGCUGGUUGCUGGAACUUGACAGAUAACAUAGUUUCAGCCUUGGCCAGGCUACAUGGUGGAACACUAGAAGUACUAAAUCUGGAUGGAUGCAUGAAAAUUACUGAUGCAAGCUUGGUUACAAUUGCAAACAACUGCCUAGUGCUCAAUGAUCUAGAUGUGUCAAAGUGUGCAAUCACUGAUUCCGGUGUCGCUGUUCUCUCCAGGGCCAGUCUGCUUAGCUUGCAAGUGCUUUCCUUGUCUGGUUGCUCUGAUGUAUCAAACAAGUGUGUGCCUUUCCUGACCAAAUUGGGCCAGACCUUGAUGGGAUUAAAUAUUCAAAACUGCAAUUCACUGAGCAGUAGUACAAUGGAGUUUCUAGUGGAAAAGUUGUGGAGAUGUGAUAUUCUGAUUUAA